CUAAUGUCUGUGCUUUUUCUGGGCAUUUUGUGUUGAAUGACUUUUUAUUCGAGUCGAAAACGGGUGUGUAGACAUAACGCUGACAACACAGCUGCAUGCGCUAAUUGUUUGUUAACUUUUUGGCGCCUUUUGAGUCGAGGCUACCUUCUCCACUACACCUGAUCAUAAACACAGCCUUAUCUUUAUGUAAUACUAACUGCGAUAUUCACCCACUGUCUUUUUUCUGUCUUCAUUUCAGCUGAUCACCUGCUGUGUCACGGUUCUUAUAUAUCCUAAUCAAUUCAAUCCAAUCCUCUAAUGCCUCUAUUGAUGAAUGACAGAGAUUAGCUCCAAACAUAUAAUUCCUCUAAAUUCAAUUUAACACUUCAACCUUUUCUAUACCACGUCUGCACCACAGUGUGGCCAUACAUUACAUUUUACUGAACAUGUAUUCAAUAAAUCAUACAAUACCUUAAAAAGGGACUGCCCUAUCUGAAGCUACACUUGUAUUGAGGGGAUUCCUGACAGAUAACAGGAGGAGGAAGCCCUCAGAAAGUGGAAGAGCAUGACCCCUGAGAUUCAAACAGUGGUCCGUACUGCUCAGGCAUGGCUACAGUCUUCCUGGCAUGUACGGGUGCCCUUUGCCUGGUUAGAAGCAUGUGUAGGGUGGCUGCAGGAAGAGGCUGGAGGAGCGCAGCGCCUGUCACAGCAGCAGAUCAACCAACAGGUGCUGGACCAGUGGCUGCUGACAGAUCUGAGAGACCUGGACUACCCUGUUCUCCCUGAGGGACUCGCUCAGGCUCAGAAGACGGAGCUCAGUGGAACAUUCUGCAUCCAGGUGGACUCUUUGCUGGAUGUCAGUCAGCCUGCUUAUGCUCAGCUGCAGAAGUGGAGAGGCACGGACUGCUCCAAUGACGAGGUAUCUGCGGUCACCCAGACCACCCAGAGGUCCUGGGAAGCUCGGCCAACCCGAAUGCUGCUCCUCCAGGUGACAGAUGGAGUCCAGAGCCUUGAGGCCAUGGAAUAUCAGUUCAUCCCAGAACUCAGUGCAGAGCUCAGGUGCGGUGCAAAGCUGCAGCUGCAGGGGAAGAUAGUCUGCAGACUGGGUGUGCUUCUGUUGGGACCGUCCAACGUCAAGGUCCUCGGUGGGGAGGUGGAAGACUUGGUGGAAAGGAAUAGCAAGGGCAGGGUACUUUGUCGGACGCUGGGAAUUCCUGAGGAGCAGCAGCAAGAAACAGAGGCGGUUGAACCGGCACCACCACAAGGUAAUCAAGAGGAAGGAGAUUCGGAGCUCAACGACGCAGAGCUAUUGGCUAGUCUGGAGGCCCAGGAGGAGGUCGAAAUGCUUCAGGUCAGACCCGCCCAAGACAGCGGCUACGAGACUCUGCGUGGGACCUCCACCCCGUCUUCCUGGAGCUCGUCUGUCAGGAGUUUCUUCUCCACCGCCUCAUCCAGAAGUGAAACUUCCACCAACUCUUCCAGAAGUGGCUUGAUGCAGAGCAGGAGAGGCGCUUCAGUCCAGGAACAAGAGCGCUCAGGCUUCUCGCCCUCCGACACGACUCACUCAGAGAUCCAGGAUCACCACAUGGCAGACGAAGACUUUCCUGAUGAAGACUUUGAUGAUCUUCCCCUGGAUGAAUUGGACAAUAUGAUAUUUCAAGAAAAUGCCCCUCCGCUGUCUGAAAGCAGGCCUAGAAAUACUCCAGUGACCGGUAACGUAGAACCUGGACUUCGCAGCAGUGUCUCCAGACACACCGCGCAGAAACGAGACCGUCUUGGAUGUCCUGUAAGAGUUUCAGGGGGAUUAAACGCAGCGACUUCCCAACCUUCCAGUUCUCCUUCAGCUUUAAAUUCACUCCAGAAAUCAGAAGCUGUUGUGAUUCCUGAAAGCGACUGUAUGGAUGAGGACAUGGACUGCUUGUUUGAAGACAUUGAGGGCUGCGAUUUACAAACUGACAAAUCUGGAGGAUCGAGUCGGCCACCCGUUCAACAGAUGGCGUAUAAAGACAGAGAAAGUGCCGCCUCCGGCUCUAGUUGGAGACUUUCCAGCAAAUCAAGAAGUUCAGGAACUUCUUCGAAGACCGGUUAUGCACUUGAGAGUACAUGUGGUCCACUUCAGGGGCAGAUUCCUCCCUCUGGUUCCUUUGAAUCUGUUCGCCUCUCCUCUAACCAGCAGUGUGACAGCGCGGCCCCUGCCGUCACUCUGACCUCCAAACCAUUUACAUACUUAUGCGUGCUUGAAAAAAUGACAUCCUCCCCACAGCCUCAGACCACUGAGAUCCAUGUCAAGGCUUUCAUCGUGACCCUGUUGGGGAAACUGAGCAGCAGCAAUGGCGUGUGGAGCGUCCGCGCCACGAUCUCAGACGGCACCGGUUACCUGGACGUGGAGCUGUCUGAUGAGGUCUUGACCAGCCUGCUGGGCUUCUCGGUGCCGGAGAAGGGAGCGUUGAAGCGAGACCCGGCCCGCAGAGCGGAGCUGGAUGCCGGGAUGAGGAGAUGCCAGGAGGAGCUGGUGGACAUGUGUUGCGUCAUGACCAUCACGGUGGAGCCGGGCAGCGGUAAAGCCGUGGUGACCAAGGCGGACCCCGUUAGCGAGACGGCGCUCCGGGAGCUGGAGCAGAGGGCGAGAGAGAGGAGACGGUAACUGCAGAGAUCGAGGGAAACUGGGCGAUAAUGAGGAAAUUACAGGGAACGGAAAAGCAUAUUGCCCUUAAGCAGAGGUAAUAAAAACUGCCAACAAUGCUGAGACAGAUACAUAACAAUCAGCGGCGUUGACUUAAGAGGUUUCUGUGGUGGGUUGACACUCAGGUCGGGUUUUGUUUUUUUGAUCUUGUGAUCAACCUGCCCUUCUGCUUCGGAUUUGGACCGCAGAAGGUGUAAACUGGAUAUUAAUGAUCAGCAGGCAGUGUGUUGUAAUCCAGCCCAUCUGCUAUUUGUGAAUGCGACAUUGUGGCUCUUCUCGCCACGAGAUUUCAUUCAUCUUUUCUCCGUCCCUACUUUCUGCUCAAAAUGUACUUCUGGCAUUCGUAAGCAAACUAAAGCAAACAUUAAACCGCUACAUACCGUUAUAAAUUAGCUGUUGGCUGUCGGCAUCUUUGCAAGUUUGAGCAUCCCAAAAUGGAUGUAGCAUUGACAUCUGUGUGUGUGUGUGUGAGGAGGCAAAGACUGAAGCAAGUCAGAUUAGAAAAGGAAAAGAGGGGGGCACACACAGUAUUAUUGUGGUAAUGAAUUACCUGCCUUUGCAUUCAUUCACUUCACCCAUUACUUCUGACUGAAAAGUGAUUGAACAGCCAAGGGCAGCAUGGGUCUUUAAUAAACUCCCUCAGAGGAGAGUGAGAGGAAAGGAGGAUAAAGGAGAGGCCAUGAGCUCCGAUUGUUUCUGUUCAUUAUUGCAAUUCAUCUGCUUUUGUCUUUUAUUAAUACUUAUAGCAUGAAAUUAAUGCAUUUCUUAUAUUUACAGUAUCUCGACAUACAAUUGUCUGAAAUGUUUUCCCCUUUGUUGUUUGA